AUUGCUUUAUAUUAAUUCUUCAUUUUUCCCUUAGAAGGGAAAACUUAAUCAUUCUUUUGGUUUACAUAAGCAAUGUUCCCUAAGAGAAUGUUUAGGCCCCUUCUUUCUAUCACCAAAAAUAGUUCCUUUUUCACUGAGAUUCCUUCAGUAUCAGCUUUGCCCUUUUGUUCUUCCAUACACACUGUCAGUGCUGAUCGCUAACGAAAAAAAUGAUCACGUGCAUAUUUUGUUGAUUACCCUUUUCUCUCUAAUCAUCAUCCAGUGUGGGUCUUGGAGUGGAGCUUCUGUUGGCCAUCAUUUUUCUUCAUUUCCCUUUGAUAUCUGAUCUGGGUCGUCGUCUUUUUCUUCUGGAACCAAUUUUUACUUGCUUUGUGUUUGUGAGUUGUUCUCACCAAAUCUCCAGAAUUCAAGAGAAAUUAGCUGUGUUUUGUUUCUCUGGAGUCAAAUUUGGUGCCAACUUUGUUCAUUUGGAUGUAAAAUCACUGCAUAGACACUUUACCCUUGUUUGUCAGGUCACUUUGUUGCAAUUGAGUUUUGUGGGGUAUUGGGAUUUGUUUAUUUAUUUAAAAGUGGGAAAUGAAACACAUAGAGUGGUUGUAGGCUGUUUCCGGUGUUCAGAUAAUGGGAUCUCAAGGUGGGGCAAUCCAAGAGCCAAAGCCUGGGGCUUUGGCCAGGCAAGGGUCUAUGUACAAUCUCACCCUUGAUGAGGUGCAUAAUCAGCUUGGAAAUUUUGGGAAACCUCUAGGAAGCAUGAAUCUAGAUGAGUUGCUAAAGAGUGUGUGGACUGUUGAAUCUGGAACUGAUGCUUACAUGCAGCAUGGUCAGCUUCAGGUAGCUUCUGGGUCAUCUUUGAAUCCACAGGGAAGCCUAACAUUGUGUGGUGAUCUUAGCAAGAAAACUAUUGAUGAGGUUUGGAGAGAUAUGCAACAGAAGAAGAGUGGUAGUAGUCAAGAUAGGAAAACUCAAGAAAGACAACCUACACUGGGUGAGAUGACGCUGGAGGAUUUCUUGGUGAAGGCAGGGGUGACUCCUGAGUCUUUUUGUAAUGAGGAUAAUGCUAUUGCUAUGUCAGGGGUUGAUUCUCAACACAAUGCAUCCCAGCAUGCUCACUGGAUGCAGUACCAACUUACUUCAGUGCAGCAGCAGCCACAACAACAGCAUCAGCAGCAAAAUCAGCAGAGUAGUGCGAUGCCAAGUUUUGCGGGUUUUAUGGCUGGCCAUGUGGUUCAACAGCCUCUACCGGUUGUGGUGAAUCCAGUUCUGGAUGCUGGAUACUCUGACACAAUGCCAUCUUCUUUGUUGGGUGCUUUAUCAGAUACACAGACUCCAGGGAGGAAAAGGGUUGCCUCUGGUAAUGUGGUUGAGAAAACUGUUGAGAGGAGGCAGAAGAGGAUGAUUAAAAAUAGAGAAUCUGCAGCUCGGUCCCGUGCUAGAAAACAGGCUUACACACAAGAACUGGAGAUUAAAGUUUCACGUUUAGAAGAAGAGAAUGAAAGGCUUAGAAGACGGAAUGAGAUAGAGAGGGUGUUGCCAACUGUUCCACCGCCUGACCCUAAGCAUCAGCUUCGCAGAACUAGUUCAGCUCCCCUUUGAUGGCUCCAUUGCAAAUGAGUUCCUAGCAAACUUUUAUGCACUCUCAUUAGUCCUCAUUUGCAAUGUAUGUAAUUGGCAGUCAAGUUUCCAACAUUUGGAAGGUUGUUUUUCUCUGGGCAGUGCUGCCUGUUUAUUCUCCUCGGC